AUGGGCGACCCCAAAUACAUUCAACCCUUCGACUCAGGCGUCAUCCCCUCCCCCGACAGUGCCUGCCCCUUUUGCAACAUCGCUUCAUCCUACGCCCCCUAUCCCCCAGCUCACCCACCCCCAUCUUCCUCUCCCGCCCUCGACCCCUCGAAAGUCGCGCCCUCAACUUUCAUCGUCCUCUCCACGCCCUCCCUCGUCGCGUUCCUCGACAUCCUCCCGCUCUCCCACGGCCACCUGCUGCUCUGCCCGCGCACCCACCGCCCGAAACUAACCGACGUAUCGCCGCAAGAGGCCGCCGACCUGGGCAUGUAUCUUCGGCUCUUGUCUGCUGCGCUCGUCCGGGCUACGGGUGUGCCAGAUUGGAAUGUAGUCCAGAACAAUGGCGCGGCGGCGGCGCAGGUCGUCAAUCACGUCCACUACCACUUGAUCCCGCGCCCUGAGAUACGCGCCAGCGGGCGGUUCAGCGAGAGCUUUACCAUGUUUGGGCGCGGCGUGCGCAGGGAACUGGACGACGACGAGGCGGCUGCACUAGCGGAGAAAUUGAGGGAGAGUGUGUCCUCUGUGCUGGAAGAUGAAGCUAUGAAGGGCAAGUUAUGA